GGGUGGACAGGUGUGUUGUCGUUACCGCAGCCACUGUGUGGGUGAUGGGUACUGGCCUGCCUCUCCAACUCUACUCCCUGGUGCUUCGAGGGUUGGGAAUGCUCCAUCUGUUGUUAUGGGGGAUGCUAAUGUGCUUUAUAGCACCCCUCCUUCGGUGUUUCACAGCUCUCUGGCAGUUACUUCUAAAGUUGCCACAAGUGAUGUCACUGCCCCCUCCAAGAAGGCUGUUUGGGAGCUUGUCAAGAUUCACCAGCACCAGCCCAGUUCUACCCGCACCCCGUCGCCCACCAGACCUGCCCCACAUUCUCAUGCCGCCUUGGUGGUGGCUUCCAACAAACCAGUGGGUAGAGCUCCCCUACCCCAUGAUGUGCCUCAGACAUUUGCCCCGCUGGGGAAAACUAGUGAUAGUGACAUUGCAAAGACUCAUGUGGUGCCAAGUACUUGGCACCAUAGACUCAUUUAUCGAAAUCCCAUCUCAUGGAUCCGAUCUCGUAAAGCACAAUUAUUCAGGGAGCGCCGAGAGAGGCAGAGAAACAGUGAACCAUAAGCUAAGUCAGGCACAAGUGGACGUGUGCCUCAAUAAACCCCCCAGAGCCAUACCUCCAACCUGAGGAUGGCCAAACCCCGCCACACCACGACUCUCUGCGGCAGGAGGCGUCUCAGCUAUCCUGGCCUUCUGCUCACUAUUUAUCAGGCUUUGUACGGAAUCUUCUCCAAGCAGAGGGGCAGAUCACCGCCUGGCUGAUUAAUGGGAGUUGGAAUCUUCACAAGCAAGAAUGUUUAGUCAGCCUUUAAAGAUGGGGCAGUGCCAACUUUCCAUGAGGGUGAGGCAGCAGCAGAAUUGACAGUCCUGUUCUCUUUGAUUGUUGCUCCUCACUGUUCCUCAUGCUAUUUCCUUCAAGCAGCUCUUCUCAUCAAGUUGCAUUGCUCCCAUGCCCUCCGCAGCAGCAGCAGCAGCAAAAGCAGCUAAUGCAAGUUGCAGAUCCCACUAUGAGGUCUGUUAUACCGUAGUCCGCCUCAGCUGUAGCCUUGUCUGCCUCUGCCUGUCAAGCGCUAGUCUUCCUCAAGUCGUGGUCAGUGUUGCGGUGGUCCUGGGGGAGUGAAGCGCCCAGAUACAGUGAUUCUCGGGACUAUUGCGUCUAUGUCCGGGGAUUCUCUAGCUGAAACUCAGUGUUCAGGAUAGCGUAAAGCGGGUGCUCGGAGGUAUGGUUGUGUUGUACAUAUCAUUUAUAUAGUGUUUAGGCUACCUGGCCGAUUAUUAUUUUGGUGAUUCAAAGUGAAUGUUGCCAUAGCCCAGACUGCCAUGAAUUGAUGCAAAGACUGUUCACUUGUUUUAUCUCUGGUCAUUCCAUAUGCCUGCUAGUCACAUUAGUCUCGUCCUUAUUUUGUUGUGUAAGGUAUUGUCACAUUGUGCAUUUAUAACUUAAGGGAAUAUACAUUCCUUUUGUCGCAUAAAUGAAAUGUUGAAUUUUACAAGAGAUGAUAUCCUGCACUACAGUUAAAUAUUAUUGAGUCUCUAGUCAUUCCUAAUAAAUAUCCUAUACUUUCUGCUGACAAAACUGCCUACAGAAUGAUUGGGUAAACUCAGUAUUGUUAUCAAACACAACAUUAUCUGUGUGUGUACUUGUCUAUGUCUAGUCAAUUUUGUUAUACUGACAUGGAAGUAAGUUAUUAGUAACCUUUGGGCUUUUGCAUGUUGACAUCUAUCUUUGCCCACUGUUACCAAGCCCCCUAAAAAUUAUAUGGGCAAACAUUGGGGAGAACACCUGAUCACACGUAACCUACAUAACUUCAUGUAUAUACUGUGUCCUUUUGUACACAAACAUACAUGCGCUUACAUGUACAUGACACAGCCAAAGAGCCUCACAUAACUAUAAAACAGGUUUAUUUAACAUAUGCAAAUAUAAAAAAAUGUUACACACACACACACACACACACACACACACACACACACACACACACACACACACACACACACACACACACACACACACACACACACACACACACACACACACACACACACACACACACAUACAUAUAUAGAAAACACACAAAAGAAAUUGGGUUAGUAUGGAAAUGUAUAAACCCCAGUUCGCUCAGAUCUUUCUAGUGAGUCAACAGCAUAUUAUUUACAACCAAGGAGUGCAUUGAAUAUCUGAAGAUUCUAUUAAUAGUAAUAUGUGCAAAAAGUUAAUUUUUUUAUAAACAGAUGUACUGAUGCCAUAUGAGGCUCAAAUAAAAUUGAGUAGAGAAAAAAAUUAUUAGCUUAACAUAUGCUUAAGUAUUGAGUAUUGUUUAAAAGUGAAAACUUCAAUUGUAGGAGAUAGUUGAUUUCAUGAUUUAGAUAUAGCCCAAAGUAACGUUUAACAGGCAGCUAAACCCACGCGUUCCGCAGAGUUGGUCAGCGCUCACAAUUUCCAUUCACCAAUUUUGAGUUUCCAAAGCAGGUAUUAUUGAUGUAUUAUAUGAUAAAUAUUGUUUUAUAUAUAUAUAUAUGUUGUUGGAUAAUUUUCUCUUACCGCAAGCAAUAAUUGAAUUAACCAGUUAUUCUAAAGUUUUGGGUGUUACAAGCAUAGACUAAAGCAAAAACUAAACAAUCAACUGUGGGAACUUUCGUUAUAAUAAGAAGGCAAUAGGUAAAAAAUGUGAUACAGCUGUGGUGUAGGAACUUUGGGUUAUGUAACUGUAUGAGAUAAUCUGAUAAGAGAAACAAGUAAUCAUACUGAAAACAAAUAUAAUUUGCUGUUGCUCCUGUUCAAUACUCCCCUGGGGAUUCUCGUUAUUUAUAAUAUAAAAAGAUUCAGAUCAUGCCAUCUAUUUAAUGUCACAACUCAUCAAGGGAGGUGUAUGUGUUUCAUGAGAGUGUCAUGAUAGAGCAUUACUGCUUACACUACCUUUUAAUCAUGGGGGAGAACCUGUCAGUAAUGAUUAAUAUCUACAGUAGGAGCCCAAGGUCCAGCUCAGGAUAGUGUCUUGUUCUCCAAAAGUAACAGAGGGUGUUAUGACAGUGGAAUUGUUGAAUGUUAUUUUUGUGGGUUCUGUUUUGUAAAUGAUUUUUAUUUGUUAAUAUUUAUUUUAUAUCUGUAUUAAUACAGCAUACAAUGAACAUUAAAAUAUAUCCCAUGAAAGAAAUGGUGUUUAAAAAUCUGUAAGCUAUUAUUUCCAUCUAAAUUUUUUGUAAAUUUUUAUAAGAAAUGUUAUAGAGAUUCUUGAGUAAAGGAAUUUGAAGAUUUGAACACUUCCAUACUGAAAUAUAUAUAUACAAUGCAGUCCUUGGAGGGCAAGUAGUGGUUGGCAAAUUCAAUAGUUACUCCACUUCUACACCAAAACUUUUUUAUGUUCAACGGUAAAUUAUAUCAUUAAUUUUAUAAAAAGCUAUUCAUUGUAUACAAAAUCAUAAACUGUAAAUAAUUAGCCGUAUCACAAUGGUUAUAUGACUUAAAAUGUAUUCUAUAUUUUUUCUAGUCGAUGAAUAUUAAUUCUAAUCCCUCAAUUAUGUUAAUGGUCAUACUUGAUAAUAUAAACAUAUUCCAUCUGCAUUACCAUUUUUAUGAUUCUUGCAAUCCUUCCUUACAAAAACUAUAUUGGAGGCUACUCUGCCCUCCUUAACCUGCAGAAGAACAGAGAAGCAAGGUCAGUAGUUAUUGUUACUGUGUCUUACCAUUGCUAAAAAGGUCGUAUUUAUGUAUAGAACUUGGGAAUCGGUUUGUGUGUGGUAAAGAGCAUGCUUCACUUGUAUAAAUAGGGAGUCAAAUCCUGGAGUAAUUCAAUCAGCAUAGUGUAUUCUCUGAAGUAGAAAAUGGCAAUUAGUUUCAUAACACUCCAACUUUCAGAACUGUGUGAAUAGUUCAUGAAAUUCUUUUAAUGACUGCCUUCUAUUCUAUUAUCUGGCCCUCCAAUAAAUCUACAUCUUGCAUAAUCCAUGAAUUUUAUGUGGAGAAAAAAUAGCAGGUUCUAGUUAUUUAAACUUCAUGCUUACUUGGGAUCCUCACUAUUACAGUCUUUUAAGUGUUGAAUUUGCAAUAGACUGCUUAACAAGUGAUACUAAAUCAGUAGUAAAUCUUAGUGUUUCAUGAAAGUAUCAACAUGAGCUUCAUAUUAAUGUUUUUGGAAGAUUCUUGAUAUAUAAAAAGUAAGUAUACACUUCGGAUUAAACUUUAAAUUUGACAAUAAAGUUAUAACAGAUGAACCAUGCUGGUAAUUGAUGUGUGUGUGUGUGUGUGUGUUUCUUUGUGUCUAUUUAAUUAUUUACUUAUUUAUUUAUUUUGUAUGUACAUGCAUGUGUACA